AUAGAAUCUGUACAAGUAAACAAGAUGUUUUUGAAGGCUGCAACCCUGUUGAGUCUGGCGCUGUGCGUCCUAGGCGACGGCCACGCGAUCUCUGAGCAGAAGAUAGUGAAGCACUAUGGCGAGAUCUCCCACAUCGGUUCGAAGGAGCCAGAGCAUCAUGAAGAAUACGCUUGGUCGUAUCCAUCAUACGAAUUCUCGUACAAGGUGGAUGAUCCGCACACGCACGACAAGAAAGGUCAGUCGGAGACCAGACACGGGGACGAGGUGAAGGGCGAGUACUGGCUGUACGAGCCUGAUGGCCGCAAGCGCACCGUCAAGUACCACGCUGACAAGAAGUCCGGAUUCAAAGCCAUAGUCGAAUAUUCAGCGCCGCACCAUCAUGUUUACUACAAGACCAAAGACCACGAAGAGGUGAAAGAGCACAAAGACCACAAGCCCGUGGUCGAGCACGUAGAAGAAGAAGUGCACAUCCAAGAAGAGCACAAGGAAGACAAGCACGCCCAGCACAACAUCCCGAUGCUGUCCAUCCACGCCCCCAGGGUCUACAAGUUCCAGGAAGACGGCUACUACCACCCAAGGAACCUCAAGUACAACCGAGGCUAUAAUCAUUAAGAAACACCUAACAGACCUCUUCCCUAGACUGAUUGAUAAGACUGGCGACCGUGGACAUCGUGAACUUGUGAUCUCCAAAGAUAUUAUUUAUGCAAAU